GAGAGAGAGAGAGAGAGAGAGAGAGACUUCAAACACGGGAACAUAAGGAAGAAGACGCAGUACACAUUCAACGAGAGCGAAGGUUUGGUGCGAGCUUCUUCAUCAUCUCUCUCCCUAUCCCCUCCGCUGCACCUUGAGAUGAUGAACGUGGGUCCUUCUGGUUUCAACAAUGCGCCGGCCUCCCGAGCGUUCAUCGUCGCCUCCGGCGUCUUCACCGUCUUCUUCGGGAUCCGGAACCGCGCUGACAUGCUCGGAGUGUCUUACCAGGACAUUUUCCAAAAGAUGCAGAUGUGGAAGCUAAUACCAGCAAUCUUUGCCUUUUCUUCAACACCAGAACUGAUUUUUGGUCUUUAUCUGCUCUACUACUUCAGAAUUUUUGAGAGGCAGAUAGGUUCUAAUAAGUUCUUGGUCUUCAUUUUGUUCUCUACAAUAGUAUCAAUGGCCCUUCAAGUCCUCGCGUUGGCAGUUUUUAAUGUUCCUUCCUCAAACUUAGUCAGUUCAGGCCCUUAUGCUGUUAUAUUUGCAUCGUUCGUACCCUUUUUCUUUGACAUUCCGGUUUCAACAAGAUUUCGGGUGCUACGCAUCAGCUUCUCUGACAAAUCUUUCAUUUAUCUAGCUAGUCUGCAGCUUUUGUUUUCGUCCUGGAGAAGGUCCUUCUUGCCAGGAAUUUGCGGCAUUCUUGCUGGUUCCCUGUAUCGACUCAAUGUUUUCCGCAUCCGCAAGGCAAAGUUUCCAGCACCAAUCUCUUCAUUCUUUUCGCGGGUAUCAGGACUUUCUAUGGGAAGUUCACGUGUUACACCAACUAGGCAUGUCGUGGGGAGUAUUCCAACUUUUGCGAGUCACCAGCGAAACUUUACUUCGGUGCCUUCCACUGCAGAGCCAUCGGAGGAAUCUGUUGCAACCCUUGUUUCAAUGGGCUUCGACAGGAAUUCUGCUAGACAAGCGCUUGCACAGGCUAGAAAUGACAUCAAUACAGCGACAAACAUCCUUCUUGAAGCUCAGUCUCACUAAUUGUUUAUAGAAGUUCUGGUGAUGCUACUUGCACUCUGUUAAUUAAAUUCAGGGGGGAGGAUUUGAUUGGUGACGAGAUCUGUGACCUACACUAGGCAUUUUGAUGAGUCGGUCAGUCUUCUAACGGGAGCUUCUCAAUUUCCUCGUCAUGUUGUUCUUGGGAUUUUCCCUUAAUUGUUGAUCCUUCGGUCCCUAUGAGCGGUAGGCAUUUAUUUGCUGAAAGCUAUUCACACAGAGUAUGACUCUUGGGAUGUAGCCUAGAUGGAUUUCACCCAGAAUCAAGACAUGGUUAAACAUUAUCUUUAGAAGAAAGGCCUAGGGAAGAAACUGUGUACAGUAUUUAUCUCAUUAUUUCUUGUCUUCAGCCAGUAACAAGACAUUCCUCGGGUUGUGUUUCUAGACAGCUCACAAUGGUCAAUGGUGAAUGUGCCUUGAUAGUAAAUGCAAAUGUUAAGGACGAUUAUGCUGUUGACUGUUCAAAUUUUGGAAAGGGCGUUUCAUGACCA